CCAUGCCGCCUCACCCUCACGUCACACACAAUGACUGUGCCUCUUCUCUGAGCACUGAGCUCCACCACUUACAGCGGGUCCACCGUUCACCGUCCAACCUCCACUCUCCUCCCGACAUCGACUGAUUAACCAUCGCGGCUAACUCGGGUCGUCGCUCUUGACUACGUUGCGGAUGCGCGACUUAGCAACGCGGACUCCUCCUCACCUCACUGUAGCUCUCUAGUCUCUCUCUUCACGCAAUCGUCGGCGUCGGCCGUCACUCUCCACGCAAUCGUCGGCCGUCGCUCUCCAGUUCAUCGGCUCUCCGCACCGUCAGCAACUUGGUUGUCCUCACUCCUCAGUCCUCUGUCUUCCUCAGUCCUCAGUCCUCAGUCUUCCUCAGUCUUCCUCAGUCGGCAUGCUAAGACAAAAUCUAACACAGCUAAGAAAAGAGACUUUAUACUUGUUACUAAAAAUCUCCUUAAUUCCUUUCGAAUUCUUCUGAUGCGGUCAUGCUUUUUGGAGAAACUGCCCAUGGAAAUGGGUUAUCUUUCGUGUAAUGGGUGUCUGAAGCGAUGGACCUCUCCGAUUCGCCGAAUCCGAAUAGAGCGUUAACGGAAACGCGCUUCUCCGAUCUAAAACCGCCACUCUCAGAACCAGUUCUCGAAGCUCUAACAUUAACAGGUUUCGAGUAUUGCACGCCGGUCCAAGCAGCCACGAUUCCACUACUUUGCAGCUACAAGGAUGUUGCAGUCGACGCCGCAACCGGCUCUGGAAAAACCCUUGCUUUCGUAGUCCCACUUGUCGAGAUUCUCCGUCGAGCCUCUGCUUCUCACAAACCCCACCAGGUGAUGGGGAUAAUUCUCUCUCCUACUAGGGAGUUGUCAUCACAAAUAUAUAACGUUGCUCAGCCUUUCAUUGCAACUUUGUCGAAUGUUAAGUCGAUUCUCCUUGUUGGCGGAGGGGAUGUGAAAGCUGAUGUGAAGAAAAUAGAGGAGGAAGGGGCUAAUAUAUUGAUUGGAACGCCUGGAAGACUUUAUGACAUCAUGGAACGUGUGGAUUUCUUGGACUUUCGAAACCUGGAGGUUUUAAUCUUGGAUGAGGCUGAUCGACUCUUGGAUAUGGGAUUCCAAAAGCAGAUAAAUUCCAUUAUGGCUCACUUACCCAAGCUUCGCAGGACUGGUCUUUUUUCAGCUACUCAAACUGAGGCAGUUGAAGAGUUAUCCAAAGCUGGACUAAGGAAUCCUGUGAGGGUUGAAGUUCGAGCAGAAACAAAAUCAUUGACUGACUCCGCAUCUUCACAUUCAAAAACACCUUCAGGCCUUCAACUUGAGUAUUUAGAAUGCGAAGAAGAUAAUAAACCAUCUCAGCUUGUUGAUCUCCUUAUUAAGAACAAGUCAAAGAAGAUCAUCGUAUAUUUUAUGACGUGUGCAUGUGUUGAUUAUUGGGGAGUUGUUCUUCCACGUCUUACUGCUUUAAAGGGCUUCUCACUGAUUCCCCUUCAUGGGAAGAUGAAGCAGACUGCAAGAGAGAAAGCAUUGGCUUCAUUUACAUCUCUCACAAAUGGCAUUCUUCUAUGUACGGAUGUUGCAGCACGUGGACUUGAUAUUCCAGGAGUUGAUUGUAUAGUGCAGUAUGAUCCUCCUCAGGAUCCAAAUGUUUUCAUUCACAGAGUUGGCCGAACUGCUCGGUUGGGUAGACAAGGAAGUGCUAUCGUUUUCCUUUUGCCAAAGGAGGAAGCUUAUGUUGAAUUUCUGCAUAUAAGAAGGGUUCCUCUUCAAAAGAAGGAAAAAUCAGAUCAUGCUCCUGAUGUUGUUCCUCAGAUACGAUCUGCUGCCAAGAAGGACCGAGAUGUCAUGGAGAAGGGACUGAGAGCAUUUGUUUCAUUUAUCCGUGCAUAUAAAGAGCAUCAUUGUUCGUACAUUUUCAGAUGGAAAGAACUUGAAAUUGGGAAAUUGGGCAUGGGAUUUGGCUUAUUGCAGCUCCCUUCAAUGCCUGAGGUAAAGCACCACUCACUUUCAACCGUCGGUUUUACUCCAGUUGAGGACAUCAAAUUGGAGGACAUCAAGUACAAGGAUAAAUCUCGGGAGAAACAAAGGAAGAAGAAUUUGCAAGCGAAGAAAGAAGCACAACAGCAAGAAGCAAAACCUCAGAAGCCCAAGAAUAACCCCAAUGCCGCUGCCCCUACUGUUAUGAGGAAGAAAACCGCUAAGCAGAGACGAGCUGCGCAGACAGUUGAAGAUGAAGAUGAAUUGGCGCGGGAGUAUAGAUUACUGAAGAAGCUAAAGAAGGGGACCAUCGAUGAAAGUGAAUAUGCAAAGUUAACAGGAACUGAAGAAUUACUAUAAAAUGCAUGAUCUGCAAAUGGCUAGUUUUUGAACUGGAACCUUGCAUUAAAGCUUACAAAAGCAAAAGGGAAGUUAACACUUCUGCAGGUGGAACUCUUCUGGAGAUUUUGUUGAAGGCUAGAUUGGCACAACAGAUUGGAGUUGUAGAUUUUGUUUCCAUGUUAUUUAUAUCUUAGAUCAAAUUUUCAUGCAUUGUAUAGUGUAUGGAUCUCACCAUUGAUUAGAGUUGAAAAUUCAAUAUUGGAGGAACACAAAAGAUCAAAGAUUCAAUAUAGUGUGCUGAGCUCACUACCUAUAGGCUUAUACUUUUAGAUGGGAUUAGUAUGUCUCAGAGAAGUGUGAUACUAUUUAUGGCAUGUUAAUUGAAAGUGUGAUACUAUUUAUGGCAUGUUAAUUGAAUUUGUGGGCCACUGUUAAAAGUAAAAGUUAGGUUUAUUUAGG